UCAGUACAGGUACAUUCUUCUCAAAGUGCAGUGACCAGCCUUGCGACCCAAAGUAAAAAGUCCGAAAUUAUUAAAUGAAUAAAUAAUUUAAUAAAAAGAUACAGUUUUAGUUGCACAAAAUAAAUAAAAUGCGUUCGGCAAUAUUCGGCAGCCUGUUGGCACUCGCCAUACUAGUCGCUCAAGCACCAAACGUGGAUGGCGCCAGAAUACUAGCAGUCUACGCCUUCCCAGGCAAAAGUCACUUUAUGAUGCAUCGGGUUUUGAUUAGUGAGUUGGUGAAGCACGGACAUCAGGUCACCAUGAUUACUGCGUACACAUUUGAGCCACUCAAACUAGGCAGCAACUACACUGAGAUACUCAUUGAGCCGGAGUACGAUGUUUGGACCAAGAUUAAUGAACACGCCGGUUCAACUUCGAUCUAUGAAAUGAAAAACGAUGUGACCCUGUUUCUAAAUUUGGUUGAAAUUUUGGGCGUGGCCACCACGGACCAUGCGCUUAAACUACCAAAAGUACAGGCAAUUAUUAAUGCCAAACAAACGGAAGAUGUGUAUGAUUUACUGCUAGUGGAACAAUUCUUUCAAGAUGCCUUUCUUGCCUUGGCCCAUAUCUACAAAGUGCCUGUGGUGAGCACUGCAACAUUUGCCCAACAGAAUUUCAUGAGUCAAAUGUUCGGCUUAAUUACGCCUUGGUCAUAUGUACCAAUGGGCUUCCUGCCACUAACCGAACGCAUGAGCUUUUGGGAGAGAAUUACCAAUACCUACUAUUCACUUCGCCUGGACAUAGAGCGAGAAUUAAGUUACUUUCCAAAAAUGGACGAGCUUGUAAAGAAAUAUUUUGGACAUUUGCCAAUCCAAUUUCCUAGUGUUUCGGCGAUGAGUAGGAAUCUCUCGGCCGUAUUCAUCAAUAACUAUACACCCUUAGCUUCAGCGGAACCUAAAAUGGACAACAUGAUCUGUGUCGGUGGCAUGCAUAUUUAUCCGCCAAAGCCACUACCCUCUGAUUUAAAGAAUUUCUUGGAUGAUGCAGAGCAUGGCGCUAUUUAUUUCAGUUUGGGCACUCAGGUUGAGAGUAAGGACAUGCCACUUGAAAAGCUACACAUGUUCCUUGACGUCUUCCGGCAGUUGAAGCAACGCGUCUUGUGGAAAUUUGAAAAUGAAAGUAUAGCGAAUUUGCCAGCUAAUGUAAUGAUUAGAAAGUGGUUGCCGCAAAGUGAUAUCUUGGCGCAUCCUAAUGUGCGUGUUUUCAUUGCACAUGGCGGACUCUUUGGCACACAAGAAGCCGUGUAUAAUGGCGUGCCAAUACUAGGUAUGCCCUUCUAUACUGACCAGCACCUAAAUCUGAGGAAGGCAGCUGCUAAUGGCUUUGCCAUUAACUUGGAAUUCCAUACACUUACACGUGAAGCCUUGAAGCGUGGUCUGGAGCAAUUGCUCUUCAACCCAACCUAUCGGGAUACUGCCAAACGGUUCUCGCGCAUUUUCCGCGAUCGUCCAAUGGGUCCGCGUGAGACGGCGCUUUAUUGGAUCCAAUAUGUGCUACGCCACAAUGGAGCGCGUCAUUUGCGUGCUGCUGGCUUGGAUUUGAAGUGGUACCAAUUCUAUUUACUGGAUGUUGCUGCUCUGGUGGCGGCUGCUGUAGGGGCGGCUCUAGGAGUUGCUGUUUUGUUAGUGCGCUGGGGUCUGCGAAAAGUCAACGGUUUAAAAGGCAAACAGAAAGUACAAUAA